GUAAACGUAUUUGUAGGUUUCUUGCACGAGCCCCCACGGCACAGAUCUCCUCAUCCACGAACUCGCUAGGCAGUCAUGGACAAGUCACUCUCGAAAUGGUGACAGUAAUGCUGUUCUACCUUAUGAGAUACUGAUUUAUUUAUUUUUGUUGAAUCCACUUUGAAGAACAAUUCACUGAAAAACAGCAGGAAAAGCAGAGAAUGUCUGUUGUUUGUCAUCUAUCAGCUGGGUGGCUACUGGACCACCUCUCCUUCAUAAACAAAGCUAACUACCAGCUAUGCCAUUCCCAUGAUCAUUCUGGCUUGGCAUUUGUUGAUCCUGCUACUGCUGCUUCCUCAGAUGGGGCUCUCAUUGAGGCUGUAAGCCUAGAUGCUAAAAAUUCUUGCAGAAAAGAUUCUAUUGAUGAGAAGAUCAAGGCCCCAGAAGAAAAAGCAAGUAUAAUGGCAAAGAAUACAUAUGUUUUUCGGGAAGAAUUUUUUAAUGUGCUGAAACCACAUGGAGUUGCAAACAAUCAAAUGGAACUCCAGCAAAAGGGAUCUGAGGCUGGUCUAGGAAAUGGCGGAUCAGAACAGCAAGAAAGUGUCAAGACGAGUGGCUCUUACUAUACUGCUAAAGCCAAAAAGAAACGAAAAAGAAGCAGUGAACUUAACCAUGGUGAACGUGAUGCUUUAGAAUACCAUUUAAAGAUCAGUGGCUUGAUUUUGGAUGGUACCAGGAGUUUAGUCCAGGAGGGGCUUAGAAGUGGUUUCCUUCAGCCUAGCUCUUCAAAACAGAUUUGUGCCAAGACUCCUGUUAUAGAACACAGCAGUUUAUCUGAAUUAUGUGAGAUGGCAAAACAAUUUCCGUCAGUGAAUGAAACAGAACAAAGAGCUGUAUGCAUGAUAAGUGAGGACUCCUGUGUUCCAGAACAAGUUCAGGUUUCCUGUAUUACAGAAAACACCACAAACCAUGCAAAGAUAAUAACAUUAAUGGGGCAGAAGUACCUAUUUCCUCCCAAAAGUGCUUUCCUUUUAUCUGAUAUUUCUGUUAUGCAGCCGCUCUUGGACUAUAAAAAAAAGUUUGGCAUAAUUAUAAUAGAUCCACCAUGGGAGAACAAGUCUGUUAAAAGAAGUAACAGGUACAAUUACUUGUCCCAUUGGCAAAUCAAGCAAAUUCCUGUGCCAGCGCUGGCAGCCCCAGGUUGUCUUGUGGUCACUUGGGUGACUAACCGACAGAAGCAUCUAUGUUUUGUAAAGAAUGAACUCUAUCCCCACUGGUCUGUGCAUGGAGUGGUGGAGUGGUUCUGGGUGAAAAUUACAAGGUCUGGAGAGUUUGUAUUUCCAUUAGACUCUUUUCACAAGAAGCCUUAUGAAGUUCUUGUAUUGGGAAGAGUCCAGCGAAAUACAGAUGUGCCAUUAAGGAUUUCAGAAGAUGACGUGCCUCAAAUUCCUGAUCAGAAAUUGAUUGUGAGUGUACCUUGCUAUCUUCACUCACACAAACCACCUUUGACAGAGAUUCUAAAAGGAUAUACCAAGCCGGAUGUGGAAUGUAUGGAGCUGUUUGCUCGGAAUUUGCAGCCUGGAUGGACCAGCUGGGGCAAUGAAGUUCUCAAAUUCCAGCACAUAGAUUACUUCACUGCAUUCCAGGACAAAAGUGACAAGUAACUGUAGGCUGGGGUUCUUGCGAGUGCUCUAGAUUUUGUCCUUGACAUCAAUGCUGCACUUGGGAAGCAGUAUGAAUUAACUGUAAGUCUGCAUGGUGUUUUUGAAAUCUAUGUGAUGAUGAGCAUAACAGUGAUGCCUUCAGGUAUAUAAUUUGCUCCCAGGUUCAUCAUAUAUGUCCUCUGCUGUGGUAGGGUGACUUUUGCAAUCAUCUUCUGGAGUUUUAGUUGUUUGAGCCACCAUAUAAACAGCAGCCUUUGAAAAUUAGCCAUGCCCUUUGCAGUUGGGCUCCAAGGUACAUCUGCACAUUGAAUUAUAUCUCAUGGAGAUGGUGGUAAUGAUGAUUGCUAUACCUAAGUUGCCCCCUAAAGCAACUUAGAUUCAUACACAAAUACAGGAUGCAAUUUAUAAAAAAAAAUUAAGACAACAAAAUCUCCCAUGUAUUACCAAAAGGCUAAAAGCCAAAUGCAUCCGUAUUCCAUCCAAAAGGAUAAAGGUCAGCCACCCACAAAAUGUCACAGGGCAGGGCAGGUGGAAAUGUUAUCCCUUCCUAGUCCAGGAGAGUCUGUCCUGAUAAAGAGAGAGACACACAGAGAGUGAGAGAGAAUGUAAAGAGCCCAAAGUCAACAGUGUUCUUGUCACAACAAAAGCAAUAAUCAUGACUUAUUUGGUUUCUGUGGGUUUCAUCAUGAUUAACUUCAGCUUGAUUUAGGUCUCUGUCUGUAUUCUAAUGAUUCCUCUUUCUCAAAUAUACAGGACCAAAAUUUCCCUGAAUAUGUAUUCUGACAUAGCUCUUAAAACGAUGUUUUAAAAUGGUUACUGCAAUAAUUAAAUAUUUUUUUGAAUGAUAAACUGCUUAUGUUCCUUUCUCUUCCCCUUAGGGUUUACUUGGGGGGGGGGGAAUGCUCUAAUAAAAAUUACCAUAUGUUUGUAUGCAAGACUGUAAGAAAAGGAGUAUAUCUUAAGAAGGAGUAACCAUAAUUUAAAAGAGAGCAGAAUAAAUUUGACUCUGCUACAAAUUAAAUAAACUUCGGAUUGUUCAGUGUUCUGUUAAAUUUUUAAAUAAGCUCUGGAUGUUCACAAGUUGACUGGAUUUUUUGUACUUUAAUAAUAAAAAAUCAAUUUCAGAGA